CAGGAAAGAGGGUUCAAUACGGCGCUAUCAGCGGCGGCCCUAUAAACCAACAACAACAACAAAACGACGAAAUGUUGAUUCUGAGGACGAACUGGGGCUCAGACCUGACUGUUUAAGCUGACAGCGCUUACUGUCAAGCUUAAUAAGCUUACUCAGCACACAUCACUAAGGCAUCCUAAGCUACAAAUCCCCCCAAAAUAGGGUCGAAGUUGCCAGUAGUGUCGUCGGGGUCACUGUCCCCCUAGGACUGGUCCCAGACCAGACUAAGCUUACAUUGCUUAUUAUCAAGCUUAAUAAACUUUCUCGAAGUCACAGCUUUUCUGGGGAGCCACUGGCCCCCUAAGGACUGGUCCUAGGACUCCCAGGACCCCCCUAGGACUGGUCCCAGACCUGACCUCCGAAGAUGAACAUCUUACCCAAGAAGAGGUGGCAUGUGCGCACGAAGGACAACAUCGCCCGUGUGCGCCGCGAUGAAGCUCAGGCUGAGGAAGAGCUCAAGCAGAAAGUUCUGAGAGCCAAGCUUGCUGAGCAGGAAGCACGUACAUCAUACCUACGAACAGCAGCACGACUGAGAUACGAUGGUGGUUACACACAACCGCAGAUCACCUCAACCAAGUCAACCCCAGAGGCCAACAUCUACACCUCCGAGGGUAACAUCAAUCUCUUCCGAGACCUGGAAGAGGGGAAACGACCCAGCGGAGCCAAUCCAGAACACGAGGCUGAGAAAAAGGCCGAACAAGAGAAGUACGAGAAGAGUAUAGGGUACCUGACCUAUCUGGGCCAGGAUUCGGUCGAAGCUAAGGGUGGAAAGGCCUGGUAUGAGGUGGCUGGUGGAAGAAUCACCCGGCGGGGCCAAGGCGAGUCGUCUGAUGACUUAGACGAAGUCGGACUCAAGACUAAGAGUAGGAUGGACCCAAUUAAUGACAUCAUUAAGUAUGCUGGACUCAGACCGGCCAAGAAAACUCAAUUAACAUCAAUAUCGGCUGCCGAUACUACGUGCAACGCAAAUUUAGGUCUAAAAUCACAGAAAACUCAAUUAGCACAGGUAUUGGCUACUGAUGGUCAGUACAACACAAAUCCUCCCACUGAUUACGUAAACAGGGCGAAUAAAUCUGAAAAUCAGAGGAAGCGACACAAGAAGAAACACAGAAAGGAAGCUAGGAAAAGUAAGAAACACAGGAAAAGGAAAAGAAAGGAAAGCAGGAAGAGGAAACACAGUGAAGACGAUAAAAUAACAAAGAAUAAAGACAGGAUGGAGAGAGGCAUUAAACGAGGGAGAGAGAGAAGCAGUGAUAAACGAGAGAGAGAUAGUAGCAGUGAUAAUGAUUCGUGGGAAACAAAGAGACGAAAGACUCACAUGAACAUCAGAGAUAAAGAUACGCAUAAGAGAGGAAGAUUGGAUGGUAGUAAAAGCAAGACAAGUAGUAAUAGUAGCAGUAGUAGCACAGAUAGUCCCAUGCACAGCACUGACGAUGAAGAACUGAGAGAGAAACAGCAGAAACUGGAAGUUCUCAGAGGAGAACGACUGAGAAGAGAGGCUGAGGAGAGAGACAGAGCUGAGAAACUACUAGCAGGUACUAAGCUCACUACUGCUACUACUAGUGAGCUGACUGUCAACCCUAGACCGCUGUUCCAGCAGAAAUAUUCGUCACAGUUCAACCCGCACAUAGCAAGACAGAACCAAGAACCAAGAACACUAGAACCUGGGGUUAAAUAUUGGCUUUAUUGAUAUACACAUAUACUCUAUGUAUAGCCAGGCCUAAAUUGUAUGUAUAUACAUAUACUUUGUGUAUAGCCAGGCCUAAAUUGUAUGUAUAUAUA